AUGGACGAAUAUCUCACUGUCACCGUGCUACAAGAAAAACGACCCGUCACGUACAAGCUACUGGCGAGACAACUUGGGCUACACGUCAACAAGGCCAAACAAGCACUGUGGACGUUUGCACAAGCCAAUGAACAAGUGCGAUCCGUGUAUUAUAUCGGUGGCGAGCUGAUUGGCGAAGAUCGAUAUACAAUGCGACUUGUCAAGGAUAACGAGUUGGAAGAGACCAAGAAGCUAUUCAAAACCAUUACUGGAAUGCAUGUAUACAGCGUAUUACCGUAUGAACCCAAGGAUUUAUCUGUGCUUGUCACUGCUAGCAGAGAUAUCCCACAUCUUGCACUUGCAGAUCGUAUAAAAUGCGGCGUGUUCAAAUGCUCGACUGCUGAUGAUACAUAUCAACCAUCCAAAACAUCCACCACAGCCUCUACGACGACUACCUCGACUUUUGCCAAGCAACCGGAACCUGCAACAACCAAGCCAGCAUCAUCAGAAAAGAAGCCUGAACCUGCACCCAAGAAAUCGACUACAGCAUCAAUAUUUGGAGAAAAAAACACAACAUCUACCACCCUUGGUAAACGGCAGGAACGUGAGGAGGAAAAGUCUACAUCCAAAAACAAGAAUGUCCCAUCUACAAGCUCAGCUCCAAAGAAACAAUCACCACCACCACCAUCGGUUUCAGCUGAUGACAUCUUUUUCGAUGAUGGUGAUGAGGAUAUGAAGGAUGCUGGAACACCUGUACGUGAUGAUCCAAUGCAAACAGAUGAUAAAGCAAACACACCAGACAAAGCUCCGGUACAAGAGGAAGAGGCAGCACCAUCAUCACCUGCUACUACCAGUACUACUCCAGGCAAGACAAAGCGUAAGGUUCUUAAGAAGAAACAGUAUACCAAUGAGCGUGGAUUUAUGGUGACUGAAGAUGUAUGGGAAUGGGAAGAGGUGGAUGCACCUGAAGCAGCAGCAACAACAACAACAACAAUGAAUUCACCCAAGCGGACCCCUGAAGAACCUAAAAAGAAGAGCUUUGGAGGCAAAAAGAAGAGUGGAGGAGCACAACAAGAUUUAUUUAGUUUCUGGAAGAAGCGGUAG